AAAACAUGUCAUCCCUACAUGCUUUGCCGACUAUGUAACUAGUACAUCCGGUGCGAUUCGGCUAGCUUUCGACCUCUCCCCCUGGCCUCAAGUUUAAUCGGAGGUUUGCAGCUUGACUGAGCACACCGCUCGACUUGUCGGAGCUUGCAGGUGUGGCUCUGGUUUAAUUGGAGCAUGAAGAUUGAAGGGGACAGUUUCAUGGACAAAGCAAUAACAUCUCCACACCUCUGUUGUCAUGGGUCACCUGCGGUUCCUUGGCUCCACAACGAUCCUCGAUCCUCGAUGCGUGAAACACAAACGUGGUGUUCUCCUUGUCAACGCUCGUCAACAAGGCAUAGCCUUCCUGUGACUCGAAAUUGCCUUUCAUCUCAUCAGUUUCUCGGUGCCGACAAUCAAAGAAGACUAUGUGUGGCAGUUUGGUGUGAGGCUUUACAGCAGGUCUCAAGACUCAAGUUAGGGAGGGGGACAGCGCGCCACGACUUCUUGUGUGCCACGUGGGAGCUCAAGAAGUGAGUGCGAACAUCGUUCUCACUGCGUCUGGUGUGAUGCGGACAGUGCACCAUCAACUUCGCGGCCCUCCCGUCCUCACUGCCCUCACCGCCAGAGGUCUUCCGGCGACCACCGUCGGGGUGAAGUGCAAUGAGGACCUUCAGCGCGUGGCGGACCUAUCUCGGUCCCUGGGGGCUCCCAUGGUCAAAGGCGCUGCUCGCCAGCCACAAGUGGGAGUUGAGGCGGGGCUCUUCGCGUGCACCAGCGAGAUCUUCGAGAGGUUGAAGGCCUUGGCAAAAGCCCAGGAGUAUUUCACCAUUACCGAUGCCAUCCAGGAGCUGGCCCAUGCAGGGCACGUCUCCUCCUUGGCAACCAAGGGGAGGAACUGGUUGGCCAUCGAGACGACCAGCGAGCUGGAGGAGACCCGCUCGCGCUCGGUGAUGAAGAGGGUGACUUCACCGUAUUCGGAGCUGAAGGAACCGCUGCCAGCGAUCUUCGUGGCCGGUGGGCCAAUGUGCAUGUGAAGGCGCACCGCAUCGUGCAGCGCUCCAAACUGGUGGUUUUUCCGUGUUUUUUGGCGCUCCAAACCGGCUACACGCCGCUGAUGGACGUCUGAUGGACGUCUGAUGGACUCUUCGACGCCUCGAGCGGGCCAGGUAGUCCUGGGACGGUCGGCGAAGGGAUGAAAGUCGUGCC